UAGAAGGCGUGACGUAGGGGUCGAAGCGGGCUCGGAGGCGGGUUCUCGUGGGCAGCGGCGGUGGCUGCCACUGAGGGGCCUGGUGACACGAACGACUGUGGUCGCGGACUCAGCCUCGCCUGGAAAGGCAUGGCGGCGCUCGGCCGGCCCUUCAGCGGCCUCCCUCUGAGCGGCAGCGCGGACUUCCUGCAGCCGCCGGCGGCCUUCGCGGGCCGGGCCUUCCCGCCGGGAGCCGCCGGCCAUGACCUGGCCCCGCGGCCGGGCGUCCGCCCUGCGCCGAGCAGCCCGGGUGGGAGAACGGCGCGCGGACGCGUUUCCCUUCACUGUAGAAAGAAACACAAGCGGUUGGCAGAGGAUGAUGAGUGUCCAAUAAGAAAAAAGCGAAUGACCGAAGCUGAACUUUGUGUAGUUGCUAAUGAAUGGGUUCUUGGCACACCCCAGGGUAUAGAAGGUCAUGGGGUGAACACGUGUCCUAGUGGCCUUUCCGUACCCAGCAUGCUAGAUGCUGUCUGUGAAGAAAUGGAUCAAACAACUGGAGAACCGCAGUGCGAAGUUGCCAGGAGGAAGCUUCAGGAGAUUGAGGACAGGAUAAUUGACGAAGAUGAAGAGGUUGAAAGUGACAGAAAUGUUAGCCACCUCCCAAGUCUUAUCCUUUCUGAUACCAUGAAAACAGGCUUGAAGAGGGAAUUUGAGGAAGUCUUCACAAAGAAAAUGAUUGAGUCCAUGAGCCGUCCUUCCAUGGAGCUUGUGCUCUGGAAACCUCUCCCUGAACUCCUUCCUGAGAAGCCAAAGCCAUCAUCUAACCCUAAGAACUACAUGGGAGAGAGCCAGACAAAGCAUGCAGCUGCCGGCACUGCCUUCCCACAGAGAACUGAACUGUUGCUGGAACCUCGGUGCACAGACACACCGCUUUACCAUAGUCUGGAGACAGUUGCUAGCACAGAGGAAGAGAUGGAGCUCUAGAGACCAGCUUCUGCUCCAACUUGGCAAGUUCUGGAAGGCUCCCAUGUUCAGUGAUGAGCCUGCCUGUGUAGUCUAGGGACCUGAAAGUUUUAUGAAACGGGUGUAGUAUCUCCCCCUGUGGUGUGGGGUGGGACUGUCAUUGUGGGUAGCCGUCUGUUGAAUUCAACUUUUUGCCAAGGAAGCUUAUCUCAAGGGAAGUUCUGUUUUCUAGCAGGCUUAUCCAAGAAAUAUUAGUCUUUGUAAAGACAGAUGUAGAUGCUGGAUGUGUUAUGUGACUUAAGUCAUCUGUCCCGUUGUUGAAGCCAUUCAUUCUUGAGAUGAUUACGUAGAGGAAUGCUCCUAAUUGCCACUGCACCCUGACAGCGAAGUCAUGUAUUGAGCUCCUUGUGGUUUCUGUACACCUGAGAGCAGGAGGGAAGAUAGUAGUACUUUGAGUUUGUUCUGAAGGAAUUGAACAGACAGGGAAACUUGUUUUGGCAUCAGGUUGGUGUAGCUGUAUUGUUCAAGCAGUAGUUUUUGGUAUCCUUUCGUGACUGAUAAGCUCAGUUGGUCAGUAAUGUUUACACUUCAAUUAACUUAACGUGAGUGAUUUAACGAAUGUGGGCUUACCCCCUCUGCAAAUGCCUGUGAGAGAAGUGUCUUUUCAUGAAUCCUGAGUUCAUGCUGUGUCAACUAAACCCAGCAUUGAUAGCUUCUAGAGUUUAAAAAGGGAAGGUUGUACUUGUAUUAACAAGUUGAGUUUUUUUUUUUUUUUUUUUUUUUUUUUUUUUUUUUUUUUAAUGUUGGUUGAAAACAGUAACUUAGCUGAGAAGAAAUGGACAGGUGUCUUGGAGAUAGCUACUUGUCCGGUGCUUUUAAGCUAUUGAUUGUGCAGUAAGCCUAAGUUAGUGGAGAUGGCCUCCUGCCAGCAGGAAAUCUUUACCCUUUAGUACCCAAACCAGGCUCAAGGUGUUCUUUGGAAAUAACCAGGGUUAAGUUUUUAAUUUCUCAGGAAGAGCUCUUCAGCAUGGCAGGAUGUGUAACGAAGGCAUGACAACUCCUUCAGCGCUGUAGAGCAGUCUCUAACAUAGCCGCUGAGGUAGUAAAUAACUCUUUUUCUACAGCAGAAAACCUCAGUUUGGUUUUCAUUUUCUGGGUUUCUUCUCCCUUUGUAGGAAAAGGAAAAAAAAAAAAAAAAAAAAAGAUGUUUCUGUAGAGUAGAGGUGAGUUUUUAGAAACUUAGCUUCCAGGCAUUUUUGCAACUCCUACUAAAGUCCCUCCUGUGGAUGGCAGAGGAGGCCCAAGACCGUUCGUUAGACUGAUUCUCCUCUUGCCUUCUCUUUGUUCCUGCCCCUCUCUUUCUGUCUGGAUGUCAGGAAAAGGUUUAAUGUUUAAUAUUUAAACAAAAUAUUUAUGUCUACACAAAGUUACUCAAGCUUCAAACCAGUAUUGAAACCAGUUGGAAACCAGCUAAUAGUUUCUUCAUCUCAGAGAGGUGAAUGUAACUGUCUUCUGUUGAAAUGUGCAAGUGUUUGACUCAUGUCAUUUGAAAAACUAAUGGCUUGUUUAAUGGGACCAACUAGUAAAGUUUAUAGCCUUAAAGAAAUAUCUAUGCUAAAAAAUAUUGGUACAGUUGAAAGACAUGCAGGGACUGCCAAGAGUCUGGAGUUAGCCCCGUAUUAGAGGGAAGGAGAUGGCAGCUUCCAAAGGGCCCAGAAUACCAGGACUGCCUCUGAAAGGCCUUAAGUGGCUUUGAUGGGGUUGAUAUCUACUGGAGGAUGUCUUUUAACUUGUCAGAAGUCCUUACCUGAUGUGAUCCUAUUUCUGCAGGAAAGUGGAUGUUUCAUGCUCCUUUUGGACUUUUAUCUACUUGCACGUUUGUACAAAAAUCAUCUUCAUCCUUGUGGUUCUUACUCAUUUGACCGCCUCCAGCCCCAUGCUCUGUUUUCUUUUCUAGCAUAAGGCUUUUGCUUUCUUUCCCUUAAGGUUUUCCUAAGGGAUUAACAGGUUUUUUCAUCUUGUAUAGUUUCUUGCAGCAUGGAUCAAACAUUGGCUCAAUGUACUAAUGUGAAGGUCAACAAGUAUCUAAAGCAGGUGAGCUCUGAUGAACAAAUGUGUAUUUUCUCUGAGUUUCAAUCGGGUGUGUGUGGGGUUUUUGGUUCUUGGUUUGGGUUAUUUUGUUGUUGUUCUUAAUAUGAAGAAUAAUAUGAGAAUCCAGCUCUCAUAAUAUACAUCAGUUUAAAACUGCUCAUUCUUGAAAAGAUAAAAAUGUAAAAUUUAGAAACAUAAGUAGGACAGGACUUAGACGGCAGAGGAGAAUGUUAACUCGCAGGUUCACCUGCCGCUCUGCAUCUGGAACCUGGCCUGGUGAAUAGUACAGACCUAGGAACAUCUAGAGGAUGUGUCAGCUUUACUUCAAAGAUGAGAACCUGGUGUUUCUGUAUUUCAUUAUUUUCAAUAAAACUCAAGUGUUUUGAACUUUUUAAA